CACCGUCCCCCUCAUUCUGCUCUCUGCUGCGCUCAGCGACACCGCGCCCCCGAGUUUGCCUCCAGACUGCGAGAUACCAAGACAAGGGGCAUAGUCUUUGACUGACUAGCUCUUGUUGUCAUCAUGGCCCGGCGCGCGGCUACCGUCUUGUCUCUCCUCUUUUUGGCUACAUCUGUCCUCAGUCACGAGCACCACAACGAACUCUCUGAAGAGGAGCGAAACGCGCCGAUAGACACUGUCCUCUGGUUGCACAUAUUCCUGCAAGCCGCUGUAUGGGGAGUUAUAUUCCCGACAGGGAUGGUCCUCGGACUGUCGCGGAGUAGAUGGCACGUACCAUUACAGAGCGCAGGAUUCGCGCUGACUAUCGCGGGCUAUAUCCUCGGUCACUCACAUAAAGGGAGGGCGUUCCUGGCGGGGGCGCACGGGAAGAUGGCAAGCAUCCUCUUCGUACCGAUCGCCCUACAACUCUUCCUCGGCAUCUACCUCAAGCUACACAUUCACGAGCAGACGCUGCGGCCUUGGGCAGUGAGGCUACAUGGUGUCGUUGGAAAGGCAUAUCCCAUCUUGGGAUGGGUGCAGAUGCUGUUCGGUGCGAUCACGUUCGGGGGGUACUGCCGCGGCGGAAACCUCGGACAGUGUCUUGCGCACUACAUCAUGGGGGGCGGCUUCAUUGCGUAUGGCACGAUCAUGGCGAUAUUCCUACUCGCGGGCGAAUCAUGGGUGCGCCGCAGCGGCCGUAGUCCCGACUGGUGGGAUUCAUGGGUCAUCAUGCUUUGGGGUAUUGUCAACACCUUCACUGAACACCGUGGAACCCAUUGGUCCGUCAAGGACAUGCAGCAUACAAUCUUGGGUGUUCUGUGGUGGGCGGGAGGUAUACUUGGAAUCUUCCUUUCCCGUAACAACCAGAGAUCUGUCGUGCCUGCGUUGAUCAUCAUCCUUACGGGAUGGGCCAUGUCCGAUCACGCACAAGCUCUCAUGCUUUCGACGAAGGUCCAUGCCGUCUUCGGAUACACUCUCAUGUCUGCAGGUCUAGCGCGCAUCAUCGAGAUCUGCUUCGUCGCCCCGAAGUACAGUCAGGACGCCCCCGAGGGUGAUGCACACAGCGAACACACGUUAGACGCGAGUCACGACGAGAAUGGCAUCACCAGCCCAUCGCGCGCGUUCAGGCAUCUGCCCCCUUUCCUCCUUGUUGCCUCGGGUCUGCUCUUCAUGUCCGCCACGGAUGAGGAGCUGCACUUCGUGAACGAUCAGGGCAUGGACCAUGUAACGUACAUCCUCAUCAUGUUCAGCAUCGCAUUCGUCAUAUACUCCCUUGUCGUCUCCCUUAUUCACCUAUAUGCGACGAGCGGGCGCAACGCCGCAGCCUCUGGGAAGGAGGACGGCGCCAUCGAACUAACCUCCGCCAACAAGUGGUAUGCGCCGGUCCCCGCGGCGGACAUCGAACCCGCGAAUCACGUCAUUGGUGACGAUGAUUGAAUUGUCUUCCACGUCUACUGUCGCGGCAGUGUUGGGUAGUGUAUUGCUGUGUUCUUGGUUGACAGACUUGUUUGUUGUAGUUUCGUAAGGUUGUUGCCACAUUUGUCUCGAUCGAUCAUGUUGCGUUGCAUAUCUCCGACGGAAUAUCGACGUGUGGGAAGUUGUUACUAUCUUGAAUGCCUGACCUACAUAAUGCAAUUCUGUUCUGUUCUAGACAUUCGACGAGGCUCGAGCAAUCGUCCGUCGCUGUACCAGUGGAGUGGGGGAAUGGUGAGUCGGAACGAUCCGACCCGAGGUUGUACUACGUCCAUACAUGCACGCCACGCAUUUCAUGUAUAGCACUAAGUUUCAUCACUAUGUAGCGCUUGCACACACCAUCGAUUGCGAUGAGACGAUGGCGCGCGACGUACAAGAGCCAGGAUCCUGUCAUUUGAUUUCGAGCGAAACUUGCUCGACUCUCUCGCUUAUCUCUGUUUCCAGAGCAUCUCGAAAGAGACGGAUGUGAUUGUGUACCACCUCCCUACAAAUCGAACACUUGGUGGCCUCUUUCAAAGCUUGUUCAUACAAGGCGUUAUCCUGAAGGACUCGUUGACUCGGCGUGUUCUUCAGCCGUGAACCGAUCUGUUCGUAGUAUCCCGUGAACCAUGCGCUCAAAACGUGCUCGACAUCGGAGUCUCUGAAGCGAUAAUGCUUGUUACUCGAGUCUGUACCGCAAUUGCAACCGACUAGCGUCUUCUUGAAACACCAUACGUCAUCUCGAAGCCAGUCCAAGCCAGUCGUCAUUUCAGAUAUCGUCGCAAUGCAUUGUCGUCGAUAUUCACAGAGGCGGUGGUAGGCGCCGCCGCUUAUGUCUUCGAGUUCUUCGACAUAAGUGUUGGCGUCAGAUGUGGAAAGAGUGAGGAAGCGAUGAGCUGCGGCGUUCAUGAUGUUCGUCAAACCGUAGCGAGCUCCGAUGGCGUACAUUU